GGAGGGCGCGCCAAGAUGGCGGAGGCGGUGUGGGAGCUGCUGGAGCGGGCGGCGCGGCGGGCGGCGCGGCUGGAGGAGCUACGGGCCCUGCGCCUCGCCCUGCAGGCCGUGCCCCCCGCCGCCCUGCGCGCCCGCCUCAGCGCCGACCACCUCACAGCGCUCUUCGACCUGCUCGGCGUCAGUGACCGGGAGCAGGUGGCUGCGUGUGUUUCCAUCCUGGAGAGGCUCCUGCCGGCCCUGGACCCGGUCUAUGUGAUCCAGAACCUGAGGGAGGAGCUUCAGAAAGGGCUGUUCCACCCCGAUGACUCCGUGAAAAUCCUCUCCAUAGCUCAGGUCGGGAGGAUUGUUGAAAAUUCAGAUGCAGUUACAGAAAUUCUCAACAGUCCUGAACUGUUAAGGCAAAUAAUAAAUUGCAUUGGUGGGGAGAGAAUAGCAGUGGCUAAAGAGGCCAUCAAAUCCCUCUCCAGAAUAGCACAGACGCAAGAUGGUUUAGAGGCUUUGUUUGUGAGCAGUUUGUUGAGUGACUUGAAAAAUGUCAUGGCAACAAGUGACGUUGUUCGAUACCGAGUGUAUGAGUUAAUUGUUGAGAUUUCUUCAGUGUCAGCAGAGUCCCUAAAUUACUGUGCAAACAGUGGAUUAAUAUCGGAGUUAAUUGGCGAGCUGACUGGAGAUGACAUGCUGGUCAGGGCUACAUGCAUAGAGAUGGUGACCUCGCUGGCCCAUACCCCACACGGGCGUCAGUAUCUUGCUCAACAAGGAGUUAUCGAUAAAAUUUCCAACAUCAUUGUUGGAGCAGAGUCUGAUCCGUUCUCAAGCUUCUAUUUACCAGGAUUUGUUAAGUUUUUUGGGAAUCUGGCUGUUGUAGACAGUCCACAGCAGAUCUGUGAACGAUACCCGGUCUUCAUAGAGAAAGUCUUUGAAAUGGCAGAAAGUCAUGAUCCGACCAUGAUUGGAGUGGCUGUGGACACACUAGGCAUCCUGGGAUCAAAUGUGGAAGGCAAACAGGUUUUACAGAAAACCAGAAGUAGAUUUCAGAGUCUGUUGAGCAAAAUAGGGCACCAGGCAAAGAAUGCCCCCACGGAGUUACGCCUUCGAUGCUUGGAUGCGAUUUCCUCUCUUCUUUACUUGCCUCCAGAGCAGCAGACAGAAGACCUUUUAAGAAUGACUGAAUCCUGGUUCACAUCCUUGUCUAGCCAGCCACUGGAACUCUUCAGGAGCAUCAGUACUCAGCCAUUCCCUGAUCUCCACUGUGGAGCUUUACGGGUGUUUACUGCUAUUGCCAACCAACCAUGGGCCCAGAAGCUGAUGCUUGACAGUCCGGGCUUCGUGGAGUACAUUGUAGACAGAUCUGUGGAGCCUGACAAAGCCUCAAAGGAUGCCAAAUACGAACUGGUCAAGGCCCUUGUAAACUCUAAAACAAUUGCAGAAAUCUUUGGGAAUCAGUAUUACUUGAGGCUUAGAGCUUAUUUGCAUGAAGGCCCUUACUAUGUUAAGGCAGUUGCUACUACAGCUGUGGAAGGAGCAGAGUAAUGUCACUGGUGUCUUGGUUCCCCUUGCAAACCGUGUUACUGAAAUAGGUGUAAAGACUCCCCAUGCCGGAGUCUCUUUAAAUUGUCUCUUUAAAGGAACAUGAAGCACUUCAACUCUGAAAUGAAAGUCAUGAGAGCAAAUCAAAACCUAUAGGGCACCGUGUAUUUUCCCAUAGAAUGUCAUGGCAGAAGUUCUCUGUGUACUGCUGUGAGCCAGGUAACCAAGGUGAGCACUGUCAACUGCUGGCUGGUUUACUUGGCAGAAACGAUUGGUGUUUGGUUAAACUCUUGUUGGGUUUGGAGUUCCUGUUGUGUCUUCUCAGUCGAUCACAGUUCAAUUAAAACCAAACCAACACCAAAACACCUCAAGGUUUGUAGCCUCAGCUGCUGCCACAAUUUCUGUAUUUGUUCUUAUAUCUGCCAAAGUUGGCACUUGCAUGGAGCACACUCUUCCAGCCAGGCAUAUUCUGUCAAAGCCCAGCUGGUAAGAAUGAGCUAGUAGCCUUCUGUCCACAGGAGGGAGUACGAACUGGAUUCUCUCCUAUUUUCAACUUGCUGGGUGUGAGUUGUGCUUGAAUAAAUAAUCCUAGAUAUUGUUUACACUCUUUAUGCUGAGGAUGUGGGGUAGGAAAAAGCUAUUAACCCUUUAAAAAUAAAGGAAUACACACUCUAGUGUGUAACAACCAAAUUGGGAGCUUUGGCUCCCUGGCUGACUGCGGCUGUGUAUGGCAGCUCAGUUUACUCGCUUGAAAGGAGCGUGAGCUCUAGCACUGCAAGUCUGCUUCAGAACCAAAUCUGAAAUUGUUUACACUAUUUUUUAACUUUUUUUUUUUAAUUUUAAGGGUUAUUUUUAAGAAAAGUACUAUUUUAGUUGCCUGAGUUAGACUAAAAGGGUUAAGAACAUAAAGUUUUCAUGUUUAAGGGCAUGAACUGAAUUAGGAGUACAAAAUGUAGUACGUUACCAUGUUGUCAUCGUCUUUUGAAGAUGGUCAGCUAGCUGCUGCUGAGAUGCAAGCUGGACACUAGUGACAUGAUGUAUCUUUAUCCAUAAACAGAGACCAUGAUAUACUUUAUACAGAAGGUUUAUAUUAUUUUUUGUUGAGGACAUAAGAAAUCUAAGGAAUAGUUUGGGGGGGGAGCAUAAUAAAACAUGAAAUUACUACUUUUUUGCUUAUUUUAGUAGUGUGUCUGGUCAGGUGUAUGUCUAUGGAAAUGACUUGCCCUGUGUCCCUGCUCUGCCAAGUGAAGCAGGAUGAGCUACUCGUGCAGUAACUCUCUUCCUGCUUGUAGUAACUUUGACCUGCAGCAGAGGUGAUGGUAUUGCCUGCCAAAAUUUGCUGGCAAGGAGUCAAAGUGGGCUCGGAAGGCCAAGGUAGGUAGGUGAGGAAGUUCCCUUAAGAUUAAAUAAGCUGUUGGAAUGGAAGUGAUCUGCUUUGUUGCUUCUGAUCUAAGAUGUAUAAAAGUUGUCAUCCAACGUUAUCCUGCUGCUGACGCUUUCAUCCUAGAUGUGCAUAAUAAACAUCUGCUAGUGAGAAA